AUGCCUUCUUUCUACCGCCCGCCGAUGCCUCGGCAGCUGCCUCUCUCGCCGCCCGAGUUCAUCCCUAGCUACAACAGCAACGGCUGUGGAGGUAUGCACUACCAGCAGAACCCCUACGCUGCCCAGCACGGCGUCGCAGGCCACGAAGAACCUCGCUACGACUUCACAGAGCGCUACGGCCACAAUUCCGGCAUGGCUCCCCCGUCAAUCAUGUACCCCCAGCAUGGCGCCUACCAGAACACCAACGCGUCCGGCCUUCAGCAGCCUCACUACUACGAUUCCGUCGGCGCUUCCAUCCUUCCUCUUCCGAUGCCCGAGAUGGAGAUGCACCGUCAGAUCCAGCAAGAGCAGCAGCGCGUUGAUUCGCACAUGAAGGAAGAGAAGCCCGUUGGCGGUGUCUCUGCCAAGCUUGACUACGACAUGGAGACGAUGACGGAUUUCGUGUCUGAAAUGGCACAGGGAAUCAUCCAACCAGGUCGUCCUUCUCCUCCGUCGUUCCGGAAGUGGGUCCACCAAGUCCUCUGCGCGACGCGCCUUCCUUCCGCGACGAUUUUGCUCAGCAUGAACUACCUGUCGAUCCGCAUGGACAUGCUCUCGACUGGCACGCCCUUCAAGAGCAGCGACUCGCAGGUCUACAGGUUCCUGACCACUGCCCUGAUGCUGGGAAGCAAGUUCCUCGACGACAACACUUUCAUCAACCGAUCGUGGUCUGAAGUCAGUGGCAUCCCCGUGACGGAAUUGAACCAGCUCGAGAGGGACUGGCUUGUGGCCCUUGGCUACAACCUCCACCGCGAGCCGACCGAGUCGCGCGGGUUCAACUCUUGGCUCGACCACUGGAAGGAGUACGAGGCCCGUGUUGCCGCUCGCGCCGCUAACACGACCAAGUUGGCUCCCAUUAACACCAGGGUUCAGGGCAACCUCAACCGCUUGCGCUCGAUGCCCAAGUUGCCUUCACCGGUGUCCAACCAGAGCACGUACGGCAAGUCGCUGUCCUCGUGCGAAUCCUUCUCUCAGCAGGGCACGCCUGGUUACACCCAGUUCGAUCCUUGGCACGUCUCGCGUUCCGCGAACGAGCGUUCCCCUCCGCACACGCCGGAGUACUAUGGCGGCCCCGGCACCUGGGCGCCCCCGGAUGGCUACGCCCGUCGCAGCGUGUUUGGGUUCCCUCCAUUCCACCAGCUGCCCAGUCCUCAGGAGCAGGCGCCCAUGUUCCCUCAGGCGUACGCCCACUACGGACAGCACAUGUGGGGUGGCCACGGUGCCGGCUGCAACUGCCUGUACUGCGCCCGCCAGCACCCUUCGUACUUCAUGGCCCCCGGUUUCGGUCCUCAGUCGGUUACGGCGUAA